AUGCCAUAUUUUCCUUUCUGGAUUUGGGUCGCCAUUAUUGCUACGGUAGCCGAUGCCGGGAAGAUUCUAGUCUACAGUCCAUCGAUCAGUUAUAGUCAUCUGAUCUCGAAUGGCAGAAUUGCCGAUGCUUUAGUGAAAGCUGGACACGAUGUGGGAUUCAGCCUGGAACAGAAUUUGAUUGUCUACGGGACCGCCACCCAAUGCGCCUCAGAAGCACAACUCGCCAUCAAAUUUAAGGCUAUUUUACUAGGAAGUGAAACAAAAGAUGCCGAGACUACCGUCAGCGAAGAAAAAUGCAAAGAAAACCAAAAAACAUGGAAUAGAGGGAAUUCCUUUCCUGUAGCCGUUGCACGACGAGUAGAUGCAUCGUCUCAUCGGCCCCAGCAAGAGAAGAAGGAAAAUGCGAGAUAG